CCUUACCUUUCAGUCUGCUCUGCCUCAGAUUGGAUUUUACGGCGUCGUUUUAAAGUCCUUUCGGUUGUCUAUACCUCAAACCAGCGACCACGCCCGGAAGUGAGAAACUACGAAGAUGAUGACCAUGACGGCACUCAGAGGCGGUCGCCUCUCGCUGUUUCAUCAUCACCCUCAUCUGCCAGGUGCAAAGAAGCUCAACUUUCGCUGCAAGAGAAUCAUCAUUUCUGCUCAAAACUCUCAAACUCGGGAGCUUUUCUCUUCGCGACUACAAGAUAGCUUUGAAAACUUGCCGAAGCUGGUUGAGGAUAUUGUGCAGACUUCUAUAAAUACGGGUCCUCGUGGAGCUCUCAGGCUAGCUCAAGGUAUUCAAGCUUUCAUUGGGGUUGGCGGGGAGUGGCUCACUGAUGUAUCAAAGGCAACAAAUUCUUCUGCUGGAUUACCAACUCAAGUGCAGUUUGGACUACUUUCUCCACUUUAUUUGAGAAGAUUGUUUGAACGCAUGGGGGCAACUUAUAUCAAGUUAGGUCAGUUCAUAGCAUCUGCCCCCACAUUGUUUCCUCAAGAAUACGUUGAGGAAUUUCAAAAAUGUUUCGACAGAGCUCCUGCUGUUCCUUUUCAAGAAAUCCAAAAGAUCUUGCGAGAAGAAUUAGGGAGACCAGUAGAUAGUGUGUAUGAAUAUGUUGACCCAGUGCCAAUAGCCUCUGCCUCAAUAGCACAGGUUCAUGGCGCAAGGCUCAAAGGCUCUCAAGAGGAUGUAGUUAUAAAGGUCCUGAAACCUGGUCUAGAGGACAUAUUGGUUGCAGAUUUGAACUUUGUGUACAUUGUUGCUCGCAUACUGGAGUUUUUAAAUCCUGAACUUAGCCGUGCAUCACUGGUUAAUAUUGUCAAAGACAUACGGGCAUCAAUGCUUGAAGAAGUUGAUUUUUAUAAAGAAGCUGCAAACAUAGAAUCCUUUAGUAGAUAUAUUGAAUCCAUGGGACUCACAAGGCAGGCUACAGCUCCAAAAGUGUAUCAACACUGCAGCAGCCGACGUGUUCUGACGAUGCAGAGGCUAUAUGGAGUUCCUCUUACUGACCUAGACUCUAUUAGUUCACUUGUUCCUAGUCCUGAGACCAGUCUUAUAACCGCCCUCAAUGUGUGGUUCGGAAGUUUGUUAGCAUGUGAAACUUUCCAUGCUGAUGUACAUGCAGGCAAUCUGUGGUUGUUACGUGACGGUCGCAUUGGGUUUCUUGAUUUUGGAAUCGUUGGACGUAUAUCCCCACAGACAUGGGGUGCAAUGGAAGUAUUCUUGGCAUCAAUUGCAACUGAAGAAUACGAUUCAAUGGCCUUGGCUUUGACUAAAAUGGGAGCUACAAAUAAUGAUAUUGAUACUAAGGCCUUUGCAAGAGAUUUGGAAAAGAUAUUUUCAUCUUUACGGGAACUGGACACAGAAGUAGUUGUUGCAACAGCUAGGGAAGUUGGAACAAAUGCAACUGCUGUCUCAGCAAAUAUAGUUGUUGACGAGAGGCAAAUGAAUGCACUUUUCCUUGAUGUGGUCCGGGUUAGUGAAUCAUAUGGACUGAGAUUUCCCAGGGAGUUUGCUCUACUCAUGAAACAGCUUCUGUAUUUUGAUCGUUAUACUCGAUUGUUGGCCCCCAACUUGAACAUGCUUCAGGACCAGAGGAUUUCCAUCGCCUCCAAUCGAAGAAGCAGCUACAGGGACAAGCUUUAAUUGAAUCUUGUGCAUGUGGAUGUACUGCUGUUGCUAGAAGGCUUUAAUUGUGUUACAUACAAAGUUGAAACAUAGGUUUACACAUUCUCGAGAAGCAUUGAGAAAUCACAGUAUAGGGUCUGUAGAUAUAGUGAUAUACAGUGUUAAUGUGCUUGUUGAUUUGGUAAAUGAAACCCUUGUUGAUAAUUUAUUUACUGUCAAUGCACUUUGAAGAGA